UUUGUUCUGUUCACCUCUAGCUCUGCUUGCAGGCCUUUCGAAGUUUCCUAGCUAAAAUAAUUAGCUGUCAUUAGAGGACACCGUGUUUCAUUUUACCAGCGGCAGACGUCGCCUCAAUUCAGCCAAACAGGCUUAUGCUCAGCUACCACUGGCUACUGAGUAGCUAGCUUGGAACGCCUUGCAGACAUUUCUGGAUACCGGCAAUAGGCUAUUAUAUAGCGACCAAAGAUGGAAAGCCACCCACCCUCACGCACAGGUAUCAUGCAGCUUGGUAUCCCAUGGGGACAUGCAGCCUUUGAAGGUGCAGCAGCACCGUGCGAGGCAUUCUUGGCAGGUCCUGUGCAAGACCGGAUUCACAGACAAGGGACUAUGACGGAGCGUGGUCCUAUUGCACAGCCAACUUCGGCGGAUAAUGGUAUUGGUCAGCUGCAGGCAUUACAAGAAGUACGUGAAAGACACAGACAGGCACGUACAGCAUCUCAGAAUCAAAUUGGAGACGAAGAGGCUGGACGGAACUGGAGGGCAAGGGGCAAUCAUGGUCUCCUUGCAUGCCAGACAGGUGAAGGGCAGCAUGCAUUGGGUCGCCGUCGCACCAUUGUACAGCCGGGCUCUGACAUGCAAGCGAUUGGCAACUUUCAAGCUGAACAGGCAGCUGGGAUUGACACUGGUUCCCUGAAUUGCGAAAAUCGCGUGUCUCCCGCUUUCUUCGGUUCUGAAACCAACAUGCAAGACAGAUCUGCUUGCGGUAGCAAUGAUCGUAUUCGAACCGACCGUGCCUAUUCAACAGCAGAGUUGGUUGUACCCGGCAUAAGCCCAUCCUCGUCCAGCAUUGAUAAACAGUCCCGUGCUGCUGCUGCUGCUUCCAGUCCUGUUUCUCGAAUCGCUUCUGCAGAUGAUGCGCCAGUUGAAAAUGGUGACACUUCUACAGCAGCUGCAAAUCACAGCUCUGCACAAUCCACCAAUGAAGAGCAGCACUUGAGCCAAGAGGAUGCAGGACGCAUAAGGGGAGACAGGGUAGCUGCUAAUCACCAGGCUGCUGCAUCUUCUAGCACUCAGUCUACCAAUGCCCUACAAAGACAUGCUAGACACAUCAGCGUAGCUUCAGGACAAUCAAGUCGGUCUGCUACGAGUAAUCGUCCACCUCCUUGUCCUAGCAAUCCUGUACCGCAUCGCAAUCCCUUGCUUUCUCGUCAUCCUCUACUUGAUCAGCAACCUGUACGUGCUCGUAAUUCUCCGCCUCCUCGCGAUCGUCCACCUCCUGGUAGUCCUCCUCCUCCAGCUCAUGGUGUUGGUGGUCAAGUUCCAAUUGCUAUGGCAGCACCUGCACACAUUGGCACAAGUGCCCAGGGACAGCCUGCACCCGUAGGUGCAGCAUCUAUGCAAUAUCAACUUGAAGAAGGACAGGGACCGCCUGCACCGGGAGGAAGGGAUGGUGUGACGCGCAAGUCGCUUGCUCCUGCAUACCACCGCUUGCCAGUGGGAUCACAACGCAAUGGUGUCGGCGGGAAGAAACCGGGUGUGACUGCGCCGGAAGUCUCUUCAACAGAGAGAUCCGAGGCAUCAUUGUUUGGAUUGUCAGAGUCAUUGCCGGCCUCGUUACAACGCAGCGGCUCACCAUCACCAUCAGCAGCAGCGGCGGCGGCAGCCACCUUUCAAGCUGGAGGACGAUUGAAUCCAGCAGAGCGGUCACUGCCAGCAAGUACAUCACGCCGGUCUACUUUCCGAGGCUCAGUUGGAACAUCCCGCCAUUCACACUCACCAGCACCGCCACCACUGGCGCAACAACCAGCAGGUGCAGGUACAUCCACACACUUUGUGGAACCUGCUGGCGAAAGAGAAGUUCGUGAAAAUCCAGGAGCUUCCAGACCAGCAGAGCAUUCUGAUGGUACAGCAGCGGACUCACCUCAAUCACAGGCUCAUGCCCAGGACCCUGUGUCCGGAGCAAGUCAGCCUGCAUGUGACGGUAUAACAGCUGCAGAGGGCGCAACCACUAUGGGUGCCAGCGCCGCAGAGGAUGCUACGGCGUCAGAGCGUGAAACAGCCCCAGAGGAUGCAACGAUGGCAGACGGUGCAAGCGCCCCAGAGGAUGCUACGGCGUCAGAGGGUGCAAUGGCAUCAGAGUGUACAACAGCGAGGGUGCCUGGCCGAGAUGAACCGGGUUGGGAUGGUCGCACUUUGCAGAUGCCUUGGCCAAGUUAUUCUGGAGCAAAAUUCCGCAAGGCAUACACUCUUCCGGAGCAUGGCGUUGACGAUGGCAAGGCCGUGAUGUAUCGUACUUGCCGUGACAUUAAACCUAUGAAGACCACCGUCCUCCUCCAUCAGAGGCCACUGGGAAACCUGGAAGCCCCUCCUUUUCGGAGCAGUGUAGACGGCCAUCCGGUGUGCUUUCAGGAUGGUUCAAAGGCAAUCGUAUUCCAAUACGAGAAGGCAGCUAUUGAUGGUCAAGCCGAUGUCCUGGCCAUGCCGUUUCAACUGGAAGCCAUGCCUCGAGCACGGUUCACUUCAGCCGCCUAAGCAAGUCUAAUACUCGAAUUGUGCCCACGCAGACGGUUAUGACUGGGUUCCGCAGGAUAUGCGCAGUCAUGUCUGCUGUGUUUCGACGUGAGCUGCAGGUCACUCGCGUUGUUUUUCGACGCGCGAGCCAAAUUACGUGAGCUGAACUUUCGCGUGACGUCAGAAAUAACGAGCAUCGACAUGUCCACGAACUUGAGCACGUCUUGAGCAACUGCCACUUGAAUUGCACUGGUGUUUACUUAGCUGAUGAAACUCAAUAAAUUAUAUCAGAGUCCCCAGUGUCCAUACUGUCUUGUCGUGUGGCCGCUUGGCACCAUAUGAACAGCGUGAUGGCCGUUUGGCAAUGCCGAAGAGCAAACCAUGCUGGUGAUCACAUGAUCUAGCUUAGAAAUACUUAAUUAGGAUUGACUCGGAUGGAGAGCCAAUGACUAAGUCAUUUUUUGGAAGAAUUUUCACCCGCACAGUCACCCUGCAGAUAUAAUUAUACAUAUUUUUUAAUAUGGAGUGAUUUUGCUGUAGGAUUUGCCACUUCAGCCGAAAACUGAUUAUGCGCUUCUGAACUGCAUUGUCUUUGAGCACUUUUCAAUGGAAUUUUUUACUGAGCACUGAUACAUAUUUUGCAGAUAUGUUGCUUGAGUGACUUUCUCCUGCUUCGGUAUACUAUAAGGCUUUUUUUAUCUUGAGAUUUGAUCUACCACUCUUUUCUGGUUUCCGACAAGAGCCCUACUUACACUAAAUCACAGCGUAUACUGAUUCUGACAGCAACUCCACACUCUGAACUAUGCGAAUAAGUUGAAAUAACAGUAUAGCACUGUA